AUGGUCAACGCGCCGAGUCCGAGUUAUGACAACAGAGUUACCGAGUCUGCUGUCUUGGAGGAGAGCCAAAAUAGGGAACUAUUGGCCUUGGUGAAAAGCCUCACUGCGAAAGUCAACUCUCUAGAAUCUGCGCUGCGUCAACCACAGGUUACUUUGUCGGAAAGGAUGUCAAGUGAACCGCCCCCACUCUCUUUGUCGGCCAAUACACCAGUGAUUUCCCGAGAUAUUGGAGGAAAUGGUGAUGAAACUACUGAAUCAACGACGCAAAGCACCUCUGAAGUUGAAGAUGCUGCUACUAUUCUCGAGUUUCUAGCUUGGGGUCGAUGUAAAGAUCCUAAAUAUCAUGGCCUGAUCAACACUACCCAUGGCAAUCUUACUCCAUAUUCUCCAAAAGACAUCGAUAUGGAGAAGCAAAUACCCUUUUUCCCUUCAAAAAUAGCAAUUUAUUCUUACUUACAGUCUCUUCUGCCUAGUCGAUCUCACUUAUACACACUCGUCAAGUAUCACUGUGACUAUCUUCUUUGGUACCACGGCUCAUUCCAUACAAUUGUCUUUCAGAGAUCUGUGGACGACCUCUUCGACAAAGGAAAUGGACAGAUUGAACCGACGAAUACGGGAUUGCAAUGGACUGGCCUGCUCUUUGCCAUCAUCUUGGGUUCAUUAACCUGUGCUCCUCGAACAUUGGUAUUGUCCUGGGGUUUUAACGAUGACGAGCGGGAAGAACUGUCACAUAGGUGGUUCCAAGCAAUGAAUCUUUGCUUGCAGUACUCGGAUUAUAUGUCCUCUCAUUCAAUCUUCUCCGUUCAAGCGAUUGCUACUGUGACUCACUCCGCUCAUAUGCUAGGACAAUCAAAUAGCCAGUCAGUUCUUCUAGCUUCUGCAGUCCGGAUUGCGCAAAGCAUGGGAUUACACCGGCUUGGUCAUGAUGAAGAGAAAACCGAACCACAUGAUUUAAUCAAUCGAGAGCUUGGGCGUCGUGUUUGGUGCCAGCUCUGUACGCAGGAUUGGUUCUCCAUUCCAUUUACAGAAAGCUAUCUCAUAAACCAAACGUCUUUUGAUACCACGAAGCCACGGAACUGUGAUGAUAGAGACAUGAUCACAAAACCAGAUGAUAUACCAACGAUUACGAACUACUCACGCUAUUUUUAUGAAGUUGCAUUUCUUAUGCCUCGUGUACAAGAUGCGAUUGUCUCUUCAAACACCUUGUACACGAGGUACGAGAAAGUUCUCGAAUAUGACCAGCAGCUGCGCGUACUAGCCACUACUCGUCUACCACAUUAUCUCCAAAAUGUCCCACUUGAUCCGUCGUGGCCGUGUUAUGUUCCAUGGGCUCGACGCUGUCUCGCCAUUAGUACCUCACAUAAGGUAAUCAUGAUUCACAGGAAAUUCCUAGGGAUAAGUUUUGUCAAUCCAAUGUUUUCUCGAACCCGACGGACAUGCGUUGCAGCAGCGAGAACUAUUAUCAAAGAAUUAAAGGAAGCUAAGAGUGAUGGUGGCCCAAUUCUGUGGAUUCAUCACGCUCCCGAUAUACUGAUGAACGAGCAGAUUAUUCUAUGCCUUGACAUGAUCUACUCUCUAGAGUCAUCUCCCGAAUGUGACGAACACCGUCGUCUCGUUCAAGAUGGUCUUCAUAUGCUCUCAGUUUGCGAGACGAAUAUGAUUGCGAAGCGGGGAAUCCCUUUACUGAAAGCAAUGCUCGCAAACGAAAAAAGAAUUCGAGAAAAGACUCUGCAUGAAGUUGAGGGUUCUGAUCACGGAGAUCUUUCGACCAGAAAUGAUAGAAGGAAUCUGGACAUCAGUGAGAUUAUCCGGAAUUUUUACCAGCAAGAUCACUUGCAUUUUUCUGCAGCAAUGGGUAGGCUUAACCAAAAUGCAGACUGGUUUGACGCCCAAAAUCAAAGUAGCUGGCCACCAACGGAAAGCAAAGCGGAUGUAGACAGGGACACAAUUAUGCCGCCGACAGGACAUCAAUCGAUUUAUGGAUUUGAGUUUCCUGACAACUUUGAAGAAGUCUUUGCUCUAGCUGCAAACUACAUAACUUGA